UGGGAGGAAGAGAAAAAACAACAGUGGAAGACAAAAACACUCUCUCCUCUUCUUCCUCCUCCAUUGGUCUCCUACUCUGUAAAAAAACACUCAAACUAGAUUCAGAAAUCUCUUUCUUCCCCAUCUCUCUUCUUUGGAGACCAAUAAAUUGGGUAAAGCAGAAAAGAAAUUUCAGAACUUUACAAACAACAAGAUCCAGAACAGUGGAAGAUUCUGCAAUAGAGAACACGAAUCAAGUGAUUAGUGGGGAUUCAGUAUUACUUACUACUCCAAACUAAUACAAAAACCCAUCACUCAUUUACUGGUAAAGUUCUUCUUUUUAUUUCUUUCUCAUAUCUCUGAAAACACUAGGUUUCUGUACUCUUUCAGUUAGAGAUCUUGUUUUUUAGUGAGCAGUUGGGUCUGAUUUGGUUGUUUAAAUGAUGGGUUUAGUUGGGUUUCAGCCUUUAUGUCCAUUUGGAUGAUAAUUUCUGACAUGGGUUUUCACCAGAUAAAUAGAUUUUUGGGAAUAGAUAGAGAAAUUCUCGUUACUCAAUCUUAAUUAGUUAUUCUGUUGUAAUGUAAGGAAACCCUUUAUGAGAAUUUCAGUGAUUGGAUGAUAACUGGCAUCUUAAAUUUAAGACAUGGAAAUGAAGGAUUAACUUGGGGGUUUGGAUUGGAUGAAGUGAUUCUUGUUUGGAUAUAUGUAUUUGUGUUUCUUAAAGUGGGAUUGAAUACUAAAUAACAGUGAAUUGAUUGCGGUUUAUUGAAAUGGCGUCUACUAUUAGAAGAACGUUGUCGCCGGUGCCACAAGCUAGGGCAACUAAUGGGGAGGCUCAUUCAGUGCCUUCUCCCUUGUCCAAGUCUUCUAAUACUACUCAGAACCACAUUCCAUCAGUAGGAUUAUUGACUAAAAUUUUGGGUUUGAUGGAGUCUAAUCCAAUUUUGUAUAGACUUCAAGCUGUUCUUCUUGGUAUUUUCACACAGAGAUCAUCCAGGUCUUUGGAGAGGUCAAAAUCCAAGGUGUCGUUCUGGAGAAGAGCAUUUUUCAAAUUUUUCAUUUUCUUUUCAAUUGGUAUUUUCUUUGGUUUCAUGCCCCUUUUCUCCAACUUUUCCGAAAAUAUUAUGUCGAAGAAUCAAACGUUCUUAUUCGAUGCCAUCCCAGUGGCUGGAAAUGUUAAUCAGCACGAUGGUACCUUCAAAAGCAGGAAACAAGGAUUAGGGAAUUUUUUACCGAAGGAAAACUCUAGCCUAGAGAUAUUAGCAGAUAAGCGGGAUAUGAUAGAUGAAAUUUCUGGUGUUAACUCCUCUACUAAACUGACUAUUGAGGAUUCAGAUUCUGUGUACCGGAAGCUUUUGAUAAUUGUUACUUCUACAUAUGCUCGACCAUUUCAAGCCUACUAUCUGAAUCGUUUGGGUCAGACACUUAAGCUGGUGCAAGCACCACUGUUGUGGAUAGUGGUGGAGAUGCCGUCACAGUCGCCAGAAACAGCUGAUAUCUUAAGGAAAACUAGGGUUAUGUAUAGACAUCUUGUGUGCAAUGAGAAUGAAACCACUACAAGGAACAGAGGUCUUCACCAAAAAAAUGUGGCUUUGUCGCACAUUGAAACGCAUCAUCUUGAUGGAAUCGUGUACUUCGCAGACGACAAUAAUGUGUAUACUCUCGAGCUUUUUGAGCAAAUGAGGAAGAUCAGUCGUUUCGGCACAUGGCCGGUUGCCAUGUUAACAAAUAGCAAGAGUAAAGCCACGGUGGUAGCUCCUGUUUGCAAUGCAAGCCAAAUAACCGGAUGGCACACAACUGAUAGGAACCGAAGACUUCGGAGAUUCCAUUCUCCUAUCUCGGGGCUUGCCUUUAAUAGUACAAUAUUGUGGGACCCCAAGAGAUGGCGUCGCCCAAUGCUGGAACCUAUUAGGCAGCUUCACAAAGUCAAAGAAGUCAUACAGGUGAGCACAUUUAUUGAGCAAUUAGUUGAAGAUGAAUCCCAAAUGGAAGGUUUUCCGGAUGAUUGCUCGAGAAUUCUGGUUUGGCAUCUCCCUCUAGAAGCUUCUUUGUCCAUGUACCCCAGUCAAUGGUUGAUUAAGAACAAUCUGGAUGUUAUUUCACCACUUACCUGAACAGAACCAUCUUAUAGACUAGGCAGCUAGGCCAUUGCCCAGAGCCUCGAAUUGUCGGGGCCCAAUUUUUUUAAUUUUUCUUACAGCAAUGUUUGUUUUUCUUACCUAUGUAGGUAGAGUGCUUUUACAUAGUGGUCUAGCACUGAUUUUGUUGAUAGUCGCUUUAUCUGGGUGUUAUUGAAGGCCGUUCUUAUUUUUUAAGCACCCCGUGUUGCUUUCUAAUACCAUCUAGCCAUUACUUCACUCUUGUACCAUUAGAAUAUCACUAUACCACUAGCAGAAGAUGAAAUUUCAAUUUGAA